AUGGCGACUCAUGUUUUGACCAACCCGGCUACCAACCAGAUUUCGGUCUAUGGUCAGCCCUCUCCAACCAACUCCGCCACCAACACUCCUUCCAACAAUUCCCCCACCUCCCCUCGCAUGACUACCGCUACCCUGCACCAACUGCCUCUGCAGUCGCGCCAGUUGCGUCCUCUUAAGGGUCCCCUCUAUGUUCCUGCAGCUCUUCGACCCACUGAGCGACCCCAGAAAUCGUCUCCCAUUACCCCACCCCGCAGCGUGCAUGGCUCUCUUGACAGCCUGAAUGAGGACUCGUCGGAACCUAUCACCCGACGCUCUACCAUGGAGAGCCAGUCCAGCGAAAUUAGCCAGAGCGCCCAGCAUGAGUGGUUGAAGAAUGAGCACCUGGGUGCCGUCACCGGUCUUCCAACCCGCACACACUGGAAAGCUGACUCUGCCUCUUACAAUUGUGAUUCUCCAACUUGCCGCUCCUCAUUCGGCAUCUUUCUGCGUCGCCACCACUGUCGUCACUGCGGUCAUGUCUUCUGCGCCUCUCACACACCUCACCUCGUCCCCCUUGACCAGGAUGCCCGCUUCCACCCCGAUGGUGUCCCCUCCCGUGCCUGCGAUCUGUGCUGGAGCGCCCACCAACGCUGGGAAGAGAACCGCUCCGACCGUCUGAACAAGAUCCAGAACACCAUCGAUGCUCAACAGAUUGGCGUGUCUGUUCCCGACUCCGAUGGCAUGAAUGCAGAGAAUCCCGAGUCCACCGUGGGCCAGACCGGCGAGGUCGCUGCUUCCGUUCCUCGUGACUGGAACUGGAGCACUUUCUAA